CACAUAACAAAAGCUUUUCACUAUACCUUGGUACCCGUGACAAGAAACUAAACUCAAGUUUACUGACCCAAGACUUUUAACGGCUCUCACAGAUAUUGUCCUACCUACAAAAUACAUCCGCGGCAUUUUGUUUUUGUUGUAAUGCUUAAUAGCCUCCUUUCAUAAAUAAAAGCAGAUAUGCUGGAAAUACUUGGAAAAUUAGGCAGUAUGUAGCGAGGGAGAAAACCAGAGAGAAUCCUUUUAGGUCAAUGAUUCUACAUCAGAACUACAUUGUCUGACACACGAGCGAACGAUCAAGAACUUGCAGCAUUUUUGUUUGAAUAAGGUUAAUUGUUUUUGUUUAAUUUAGAGAUGUAGCGUGGAAACAGGCCCUUCAGCCUACUGAGACCGCAUCAACCAACGAUCCCCACAUAUUAACACUAUCCCACACACACUAGGGACAAUUUACGUUUAUAUCAAGCCAAUUAACCUACAAACCUGUACAUCUUUAGAAUGUUGGGGGGAAACUGAAGAUCUCAGAGAAAACCCACCAGGUCACGGGGAGAACGUACAAACUCCGUACAGAUAGCACCCGUAGUCAGGAUCGAACCCGGGUCUCUGGCCCUGUAAGACAGGAGAUCUACCGCUACGCCACUGUGCCACCCCUUAUUUUAAAUUUAAAAUUGUGAGCAAUAUACUUUGCCAGUAAAUGUUCACAAAUUAUUUUGUUUUAUGCAUACACCAUUUUAUAUUCAUUUCAGUGUAGAAAACACUUCAGGGACAUCACCUCUGCAAAAUCUACACUCCAUUACCAUUGCUAUUCACUGAACUAAUGUGUGUUGAUGAUAUCCAAAACAAAUAUUUAAUGUACAUUGCAGGAUAAUGUUUCAAAUAGAACUACAAGUCAUUGGAAAUGGGAAAGAACAUGCACGGGAAAUGCAUUAUCAAUUAUGCAAUCUGUCCCAUUGAUGUUAACUUUUAUGUUAUUGUACACUUCCUUUCAAGAUAGGAGUGGACUGCGAAAUGUUAAUUCUUGGAAAUAUUGUAAAAUAAUCAAUUUACAGUCAAGGCUUUCGUUUCAUAACGUUGGUGUGCAAAUACAUAAUGGGAAAUUUAGAAGAAAAUUAUUCUGGGAUAAUUAAACCUGACAGUUUGACGUCUGUUUCAACAGGCGAUGUUCCUAACGCUCCCUUCAAACCUUUCCGCUGACUGGUUGGCACGCGACAAAAGCUUUUCACUGUACCUCAGUACAUGUGACACGAAACUCAACUAUUGGGUUCCCUCUAUGAUUUAUUAUUAACCCAUGUAUCACCUCAAAAAAGCAAAUGAAAAAUGUGGUGGGAAAUAUACUGGAAUAUGAUUUAACACUCAGGAAAAUCUCAUAAAAAUGAUCUGCAAAUGCUGGUGUAUACCAUAGAUAGACACAAAUUGCUAGAGUAACAGAGGGUCUGGCAGAUCCUCUAAGAGUUCCAGUUUGAUGAAGGGUCCCAACCCCGAAACAUUCAAGUUCUCCAGAUAUUUCGGCCUGACCUGCUGAGUUACUCCAGUGUUUUGUGUUUAACUCCAGAAAAUCUGCCAGUCGCAGACCAGAGCAGUGACCGUGCAAGAUUAUCUGUAUAUAUAAAUGGCAAGCUGUUGGCAAGCCUUCCUGACUUACAUAUGCAUUUUACACAUUUGAUCAUCUGUCACAUUCAUUAGAUUGGUUCAACAAUUAAGAUAAUAAACCGACAUUGCUCCAAGCUCUGAUUGUGACAUCUCUAAUUGAACGUGAAAGCAAACAGUCCAAAAUAGAAACACCCAAUCACAUGUGGAAAGGUAUUAACAGGAAGGCUUAACAGAAGAUAAAAGUCCAGCUGAUUGUGCAGCGGAUUUAGUAAGGUUGCCUGCAAGAAGCCGCUCCGAGGUGCCUUACAACAAGAUAACUGGCUUUGUGGUCAAGGAGGAUAGUACAGGUGGGCUGGUCAGCAGCUGAGGAAAUGAUGUCCCUGGAGGGUUGAAGAGGCUGGCAUUAGUUCAAGAACACUUGAGAAAACCAGAGGUCCGGCAGCUCCUUAUCCUCAGUGUGAACCUAGAGCUGCCUGUGUUCACAUGGAUUCCCCACUCUUCUGGCUGCUCGUAGCACUAUCAGUGCCUACCACAUCCAUGGACCCACAUGGCAAGGUGCAGCCACGAAGCAUCAUCGACCUGGCCGGUAUGCUUCGAUGUAGCACAGGGCGAAUAUUCUCCUACUUGGUGUACGGUUGUUACUGUGGACUCGGAGGGAAAGGCUGGCCACGGGACAGCACAGAUUGGUGCUGCUUUAAUCAUGACUGCUGUUAUGGGAGAGCGGAGUCUGCUGGUUGUCACCCCAAGUCUGAUUGCUACAGCUGGUCCUGCUACAGAACUACACCGAGCUGUGGGGAACGCAAUACCAGAUGUGAAAAGAAGAUUUGUGAAUGUGAUGUGGUGCUAUCAAAAUGCUUAAAGAGGGCGAACUACCAGAACAGAUAUGCGUUAUGGCCCAAUUUCCUUUGUGGCUAUUCAAGGCCGAAGUGUUAAGGCCUUGGGAGAGAAAAAUCAAUGCCUAUUGUGAAUUGUUAAUUAUGUCUGAGCAUGAAACUAGCUUUGAUUUAACUCGGUAUAAGGAGUCAGUAACAAAAGCUUUUCACUGUACCUUGAUACACAUGACAAUAAACUGAGCUAAAACCAAAAAAAUAUUGUACAGAAAAAUACGUUCACUUUGCAUCCUGUGAACCAAGGAUCACAGGAAAUUAGACAAUAGACAAUAGGUGCAGGAGCAGGCCAUUCGGCCCUUCGAGCCAGCACCGCCAUUCAAUGUGAUCAUGGCUGAUCAGCCCCAAUCAGUACCCCGUUCCUGCCUUCUCCCCAUAUCCCCUAACUCCGCUAUUUUUAAGAGCCCUAUCUAGCUCUCUUGAAAGCAUCCAGAGAACCUGCAG